UAGUUUGAUAGGAAAACUGGUAUGGUACCUUUGUAGAAUUUCAGCGAAUUUAAAUUCAACAUUUAUAAAAAAAAUAAAUCUUAGUUUUAACAAACAGCUAUUGUUAAAAUAAUAACGAACAUGAUUUUCUAACGAUCAAAUGACUGCUAAUACUAUACUUGUUUACACGCUCUUAAUUUGUUCUUCGUAUCUAUGUAGAAUCAACCUUUAUGUAUUCGUCAAUAUGGGGAAAAAAAUGAACUGCAGUAUCAAAUGGCUUCGUAUGCAGCACUUGAUAUAGUAGAAGCAUUAGGUAAUCCUAGUAAUGAGUCGGUAGGCGACCCCUACUUGGGUUACUUAUGCCCGGCACUUGGUGUGAUGAACGGCUUAAGUUUUCCUAUUGUAGGAAACUCAGUCAACUUUAAUGAAACCAUUUCAAAAUCGACUGAUGAAGAAGAAAAUUAUUUACUUCCUGAAAUUUCUGUAUAUGGAUAUAUUACUUCAAGUCGUUUAAAAAUAUUUGCAUUAAUUGAGGAGAAUGAAUAUCCUGUUUCCCCUACGAAUUUGAAACAAUUUUUUGUUAAAGUUCACACUAUAUAUGCCGACACCAUUUCAAACCCAUUUUUUUUGGACACUUUAGACGAUCCAUGUUUCUUUAAAAAACUUGAUACGUGUGUUGCUUCCUACACGAAUUCAAAUGUCACUUUUUAGUUUGUGUUUGUGUUUCGGAAAUAAAAAAUGAAACCUUUCUCGACCAGCUAGUCAUUCAGGUUGAAAAUGGUGUAUCCUUUUUUAGCACUUUUUUUUCUUCCUCAAAAACAAUUCUUGAUUUACUAUAGAAACUAAAACAUACAAAAUGUUCUGAUACUUUUGUAAAACACUUGACUUAAAAAAAAGAAGAAAAAGAUUGGUUUUACAAUGGAGUCCAAAUCCUAUCUUUACUUUUGUCAGUAAAAAAUGAUUUGUUGUUUAGUUUUAGUGUCAUGCUAAUGACAAUUUUGUGUGAAAUAUGUAGAAUAAUAACAAACUA